AAACAUCGCGACUUACCCAGUUCUCGCUCUUUGUGUUUCCCUACGUAUAUGUUUUGUUUUUUUGUGAUUCAAUUGACGGUUAGUUUUGGAGUCAUGUUUAUUUGGGGCAAUUAAAAAAGAUUAAAAUGAACACGCUUUGCCAAACAUCAUGGACCAAGCAUUUGAUAUCGGUGGCAUGAGAAAAGCACCAUGGUGGGCCACUGGCUGGCUGCCUUCCCGCUCCUCCUGCUCCUACACCACACCGAAAUGAGACCCGAGGAUGACCACCGCUCAAAGCACCAUCAUCGCCACAGACAUAAAUCCGACCAAACCCAGGAUUUCGCCAUUUUUCCCAUCCUCAACGAUGACCUGGCAUACCAGAGCUUAGUUUUGGAGGAGAGAAAACGUGAUUGGAUGAAUAUGUCCAAUGACCAAGUUGGAGAAAUGAACAAGAAACAUCUCCAUUGGCCAAUAAAAAGAGAGGCUGUCAUCGAAGGCGAUCUGGUCCUAGGGGGUCUGAUGAUGGUUCAUGAAAGAUCUGAUAACAUGACAUGUGGGCCAGUGAUGCCGCAGGGAGGUAUCCAAGCUUUGGAGACGAUGCUGUAUACCCUGGAUUAUAUAAAUGACUUGAAGUUGAUCCCUGGUGUGACCUUGGGCACUCAUAUUUUGGAUGAUUGCGAUAAAGAUACUUAUGGGCUGGAGAUGGCAGUGGAUUUUAUCAAAGGGUCUAUAAGCAACAUCGACGACGCUGAAUACGCCUGCAACGCCACGGCGGUGAGGAAGGUGAUAUCCGGCGUGGUCGGAGCGGCAUCCAGCGUCACUUCGGUUCAAGUCGCCAACCUGCUUAGGCUGUUCAAGAUACCACAGGUGUCGUUCUUCUCAACAUCCCCCGAGCUGUCAAACAAGGCCCGCUUCGAGUACUUCACGAGGACCAUACCCUCGGACCUGUUCCAAGUGCGUGCCAUGGUGGAGAUCGUCAAGAAGCUGAACUGGAGCUACGUGUCCAUCAUCUAUGAAGAGUCCAGCUAUGGCAUCAAGGCAUUUGAAGAGCUAGAAGCACUGCUCGGAAGAAGUGGAAUUUGCAUCGCUGUUAAAGAGAAGCUGGUGAAAGACUCCGGUGUGGCUGCAGAGACGGUGUACGACGGCAUCGUUCAGAAGCUGCUUACCAAGCCUAGGGCAAGAGGUGCCAUAAUCUUCGGCUCGGACCAAGAAGUCGCCGGCGUGAUGCGCGCCGUGGAGCGCAUCAACGCCACAGGCGCAUUCUCCUGGGUGGGCUCCGAUGGGUGGAGCGCGCGCUCGCUGGUCUCCGAUGGCAACGAGCGCGCGGUGGAAGGCACUAUCAGCGUGCAACCGCAGGCCAAUGACGUCAGCGGCUUCAAGGAGUACUUCCUGAGUCUUAAUGCGAGGGAUAAUAGGAGGAAUCCGUGGUUUGUAGAAUUCUGGGAAGACCACUUCCAAUGUCGGUACCCGGGCAGUCCGCGGACGCCGUACAACGUGAAGUAUACGAAGCCGUGCUCCGGGCUGGAGCGGCUGACCGAGAACAACACCGAGUUCGAGGGGCAGCUGCAGUUCGUCUCCGAUGCUGUCAUGGCGUUCGCUUACGCUAUCAGAGAUAUGCACGCCGAAGUUUGCGGCAGACCAGGCCUAUGCGAGGCCAUGAGGCCUGCCAGCGGUUCGGAACUCUUGCGCUUCUUGAGAAAAGUGGAGUUUACUGGUCUAAGCGGCGACGAGUUCCGCUUCGACGGCAACGGGGACGGCCCGGCGCGCUACAACAUUCUACACUUCAAGCAGGUCUCCAAGGGCAACUAUCGCUGGCUCAAGGUCGGAGAGUACCUGGACGGGGAGCUACAGUUGGACCUGGACGAGAUACAAUUCAAGUUGGACUCCCGUCGGCCCCCGGAGUCCGUGUGCAGCGCCGAGUGCGAGCUGGGACAGGCCAAGCAGUACGUCGAGGGGGAGAGCUGCUGCUGGCACUGCUUCAACUGCACGCAGUACGAGAUACGUUCACCAGAGGUCGAGACGGCGUGCGUCGUGUGCAGUCGAGGCACGCUACCCGACCCUACUAGGACUCACUGUAUGCCAAUACCCGAGGCAUACCUGCGACCCGAUUCUGCCUGGGCUAUUGGAGCUAUGUCGUUUUCUUCUGUUGGCAUCUUGGUUACAGCUUUCGUGUGUGGUGUGUGGGUGCGGCACAGUUCGACGCCUGUCGUGCGUGCGAGCGGGAGGGAGCUAUCGUACGUCCUGCUCGCCGGCAUACUGAUGUGCUACCUCGUUACCUUCGCGCUGGUCUUCCGUCCCACGGACAUCAUGUGCUCCAUUCAAAGGUUCGGCACCGGUUUCUGCUUCACUGUGGUGUACGCUGCUCUGCUGACGAAGACGAACCGCAUCUCCCGCAUCUUCAACGCGAGCAAACAUUCGGCCAAGCGGCCUAUCCUCAUAUCUCCCAGCUCGCAGCUCGCGAUAUGUGCAGGCUUGGUGUCUAUACAGGUGCUAAUAGUAGUGGUAUGGAUGAUAGUGGCCCCGGCCCGGGCCAUGUUCCACUACCCGACCCGCGAAGACAACAUGCUGGUGUGCGACUCGUACGUGGACGCGUCGUACAUGAUCGCGUUCUUCUACCCCAUCGUGCUGAUCCUCGUCUGCACGGUCUACGCUGUGCUCACGCGCAAGAUUCCCGAGGCUUUUAAUGAGAGCAAGCAUAUAGGGUUCACCAUGUACACGACAUGCGUGAUAUGGCUGGCCUUCGUGCCCCUCUACUUCGGCACCGCGAGCCACGUGCCCCUGCGAGUCACCAGCAUGGCUGUCACCAUAUCGCUUAGUGCCAGCGUCACACUCGUCUGCCUGUUUUCACCUAAGUUGUACAUAAUCCUGAUCCGGCCCGAGCGCAACGUGCGCCAGAGCAUCAUGCCGGUGCGCUACAGCAGAAAACCGGCGCCCGCGCACACCGUGCCCCGCUCUGCGAGCAAGCGAGCAAUAUGUGCCGACAAAGAAACCCAGACGGAACUAGCAGACUUCACCAAGCUCGCGAACGGUCAAACGUGCCAACUAGUCAACAAAGAACAGAAAGAGAAAGAAGAUAAAAUUAGCAACGUCAAGAUAAUCAAUAAUAAGCCAGAGGCGUUAUAGCAACGAGAGUCCACGAAAUCAUUGAACGAGUACCCUAGAGUAAAUAAUAACGAUGUUUUUAAGGGCAGAUCGUGUUCUUGCAAGGGCAGGACGCGGAAACCGGUUGUUGUAUAAAUUAUUGUAUUAUUUACACGUUACUAACUGCUUCAGCUAAAAUAUACAUUAUAAACUGAAAUAUAUGUCAUAUAUUA